GAGAACGAAUCAGAGCUUUUUUCCCGAUAUCCGUCGCUCUCUCCUCCUCCUCCGUCGUCGUGCUUCGCUUCUCUUUGCGUGUUUUCUUAUUCGAUAAACCCAAAAUCAAGGCAGAAUCUGAGAAUCAAGAGGACCCAUUAGAAAACUUCUCGAGAAAUCAAGAGUUAAAAGCCCUAAGUUUGAUCGCUAAUUCGAGAGCGUAUGGAUUGUGGGCAAAAAACCGAAUUUUUAAAAACGUUUGAUCUGAGGCAAACAAGGUAAGGGACUAACUAAGGAGUUUUUGGUAUGUCGAGCAAAACCCGGAAUAUGCUUGAAGGACUGGUUAAAGAUACUUCUUUUAAAUGGUUGCUUGGGAAACAAAGUUCUUUCGAUGAAGAAAUCGAGGAAAUGGGAAGAUCCCCGUCUGCUGGCACCAAUUGGAUACCUGAGCUUUCUCCUAUCGCCAAUGUGGUUGUCCGCAGGUGCUCAAAAAUACUCGGUGUUUCUGCAAACGAGCUGCGAGAUAGUUUCAAACAAGAAGCAUUUGAAUCUCUCAAGCAGCCUUCUCUAUUUGCAAGGAACUUUUUAGAGUACUGUUGUUACAGGGCACUUUCACUGUCUGUUGGAGUGACAGGACAUCUAGCCGAUAAAAAGUUUCGGCGCUUAACUUUUGACAUGAUGGUCGUCUGGGAAGUCCCAGCUGUUGCUAGCCAGGCUUUACUCAGUGUAGAAGAAGAUGCAACAGUGAGUUUAGAAGCCUUCUCACGGAUCGCACCAGCAGUUCCUAUAAUAGCUGAUGUGAUUAUAUGUGAAAAUCUGUUUAAAAUGCUUACUUCAUCAACGGGUGGUCGGCUUCAGUUCUCUGUUUAUGACAAGUAUUUAUAUGGACUUGAGAGAGCAAUAAAGAAGAUGAGGACUCAGUCCGAAUCAUCUUUGCUUUCUGGUGUUCGAUCAAAAAGAGAAAAGAUUCUGGAAAUAGACGGGACAGUUACUACCCAACCAGUUCUUGAACAUAUUGGAAUAUCAACGUGGCCAGGUCGCUUAAUCCUGACCGACCAUUCACUAUAUUUUGAGGCCUUAAAGGUUGUGUCUUAUGACACACCAAAGCGAUAUGACCUAUCUGAAGAUCUAAAGCAAAUAAUUAAACCUGAGUUAACUGGUCCUUGGGGCACUCGACUUUUCGACAAGGCCGUUUCUUACAAGUCUAUAUCUCUAUCAGAACCAGUGGUAAUGGAAUUCCCAGAGCUUAAAGGGCACACACGCCGUGAUUACUGGCUCACUAUUAUACAAGAAGUAUUAUACGUUCACAGAUACAUAAACAAGUACAAGAUCAUCGGUUUGGCAAGAGACGAAGCACUUUCAAAGGCUGUCCUUGGCAUUAUACGUGUGCAAGCUCUUCAAGAACUCAGUUUGACAAAUGCAAUGCGGUACGAAAAUCUUCUCCCGUUCAAUCUCUGCGAUCAGCUUCCCGGUGGAGAUCUGAUUCUUGAGACGCUUGCAGAGAUGUCUACUUCAAGAGAGCUCCAUCGAUCAAAUAAAUCCAAAGAUACAGGGACAUUACAUUCCUCAGCUUCUGAUAUGGUUUCGCAGCUGGGUUCUGUGUUUGGAGGGUCAAGUCCUAGGAGCAGGAGGGACACGAAUAAUCUUGUGGUGGGUGAAGUAGUGGUUGGAGAUGUGAAUCCAUUAGAGAGAGCAGUGAAGGAGUCACGUAAGAACUACGAGAAGGUAGUGCUUGCGCAAGAGACAAUUAAUGGAGUCAAAAUGGAAGGCAUUGACACCAACAUAGCCGUGAUGAAGGAACUGAUGCUUCCGAUAAUGGAAACCGGGAACUGGAUUUUGUCUGUGGUGUAUUGGGAUGAUCCUAUGAAGUCUAGUGUUUUCUGUCUCGUCUCCACUUUCAUAAUUUGGAGGGGAUGGCUUGUUUAUGUCUUUGCUCUUGCAUCUCUCUUCUCUGCAAUCUUCAUGGUUCUCACAAGAUGUUUCAGCAGAGAAAAGCUCAUGAUCGAGCUGAAAGUAACUGCUCCUCCUCCAAUGAACACAAUGGAACAGCUUUUGGCGGUCCAGAACGGGAUCUCGGAGCUCGAACAGAACAUUCAAGACGCAAACAUCAUUCUUCUCAAGUUCCGAGCUUUAUUAUUCUCGCUUUUCCCUCAGGCGAGCCAGAAGUUUGCGAUUGCGAUUGUGGUUGCAGCGACGAUGAUGGCCUUUGUUCCGGGACGCUACUUGCUUUCGGUAGUGUUUGUUGAGCUUUUCACAAGGUACUCACCACCACGGAGAGCUAGCACGGAACGGUUAAUAAGGCGGUUGAGAGAGUGGUGGUUUAGUAUACCAGCGGCUCCUGUGGUCCUCGAACAUGACAAGAACAAUAAGAAGAAGAAGAACUGAGGAGACGUCUAUAGUUGCCACAGACGUAUUUUAUGUACAUAUAUACUUAUAAUCUAUACUUUUUAUACUUGUAUGUAUGUAUCUAUGUUUGUAUGCAAUUUCUGUAUUAUUGAGUUAAUCUCGUGAGCAAGUCUUGAAUUCAAUAAAAUUAUUUACAAAUU